AUGGGUGUCCCAAACAACAGUCUGCAUGAGUUGGAGCGCCAGCGCCUCGAACUCGAGGGAAACAUCUCGAAGCUGCAAGACUCCCUUUACCACUGGAGGACGUGGGAGGCCGAAUACGAUGGCCUCAAAGACGAGUUAAACGAGCUGGACGAUGAUGCGACUAUGGAUGACUACCUCAGAGUAGGACGCGACUUUGGUGGCUCCUUGGUCAAUGAAGCGGAGGUCAAAGUGAUAUUGGGAGAGAAACAAGGCGUGACACGAACCAAGCAACAGGCGGUUGAUCUGGUAACGAGGCGGAUCGACUACGUGAAGCAGAAUGCGUCUACGAUAGAGAAACGGCUACGUGCGGCAGAAGACCAACUGUAUGCGCUCGACUCGCAAGAUCGGCUACCGGUGGAACCUACGGCGGACUUUCCUAUGACUGAGAUUUUCGAAGAACUCGAUGAGAACGGCGAAGUUAUUUCAAGCAAAACAACCACACCCGGCAGCGAGGCAACGGAUCUAUUGGAGGUCUUGAAGAAGGCCGGUGUCAAUGAUAUACCCGAUGUGGCUAAGGCCGAUACGCCAGUAUCGAGCUCGUCUCAGCAAGUCACUCAGCCUACGGAGGAGGCAUCUUUCGCAGAUAGUCUCAAGAAGGACGACACAUCCGCCAGCGAAGAGCACCCCGUCAAAUCCUCGGGAAGCGAAGCCAAGGAGACAAGCUCAGAGUUAGACCCGACCGUCGAAGUUCAUGGCGAGCGUCCUGUUAUGGAAGUCGACGAGUCUCCGGAGGAUGCUAAAUUACGCCGUGAGAUGCUCCAAUAUAGCUUGAACGAAGUCGGGUCUGUCGUGGCGGAGCUUGAAUUGGAUGAAGACGCAAGUGAUAUCUCUGUUGACGAGGACUAUGAUGCUUAUGAUUAUGAUGAUGACGAAGAUGAAGAGGAAGACGAAUACGGAAGGAGCACUAGGCGAGUUUUGAGCGAAGACUAUCACCGUCAGAUGCGCGAGCUGGAGGAAAAGCUCAACGCUCGGGGAAUGUGGAAUGCCGGAAAAGACACGCAAUCGCUUCCAAAUGAGAUCAAGCAGGACCUAGAUCAGCCCAGUGUUGUUCGUGUCGAGAAUAACGCAGACGCGAGUAGCGAGCCAGUCAAAGAGAAGAAACCGAAGAAGAAGGUUGCUUUUGCUGACGAACUCGACAUCGCUCCGGCUUCCAAGCCUCCGACCUUGGAGAAGAAGAUCGCUCCGGUCCGAGAGUCAAACGUACCUGUUCUCCAGGAUGCUGUUGUUGAACGCACAGAGCCUGCUGGAAAACAACCUGUGCAGAAUGACGCCCCGAAGAAAGUAUCCCGGUUCAAGAGUGCCCGGAAAACUCACAACGCAGCUGAAGACGCCACUGCGUCAACAACCCAAUCUAGCAACACUUCUCGACCUGCCGAACCUCGCUCGGCUCUACGCAAGUCUGAGGCAUCUACCACUGGAUCAUCUCUACCUCUGUUCCCUGCCAAACCAGCGGAACCCAAGCCCUUCUCCCAGCCUAUCACCGACAUCGUGGAGAAAGAAGACCCUACACCCAGGGGUCCCGAAGGGAAGGUCCUUGCUGACACACUCGUUGAACGGGAGACUCCAGCAGGUCCAGCAGUAGCGCCAGAGCCCGAUGAGCUCGACGAGCAGCUGCAUAAGAAGGAGAUUGCAUCAGAGUUCUACAAGAUCCGGAACCGAAUGAUCCAGCAAAAUGGCGGCUUCGUAGGCGAGGAGCCGGAAAUCGUGCCGAUUGAGACCGAGGAUGCGCCCAAACGUGUGAGCAGAUUCAGGGCCGCCCGCAUGAGUCUCCUAUCGUUCCGUAGAAUGGACCGAAAGCAAGGUAGUCUCUACCUUGGCAUGGCUAUACCGCUUUCCCAUGGUAUAGUCAUUUAA